AAACCAGCUGCAAAGCCCUCUUUCAUAUUAUAAGUUAGACUCGAAAUCUCUCAGUCUUCCUCUUCUCGUCAGCAGCAAGCACAAGUCACUCGGAUUCUUCGAUCAGGCGGCCUCCAAUUCCGGCGCCCAUGACCCUGAUGACUCCGCCGCCGCCGCUAGAUCAGCAGCAGCAGCAGCAGCAACCGCAGGAGGAAGAUGAGAUGCUGGUCCCACACUCCGACCUGCCCGACGGUCCUCAGCCCAUGGAGGAAGCACAAGCAGAAACUAACAGUGCGGUGGAUGCUCCGACGGUGGAUGAUCCAUUGUCAGCUAGAUUUACAUGGCCAAUUGAGAGCUUUUCAAGGCUUAAUACGAAGAAGCUCUAUUCUGAUGUUUUCCUUGUUGGAGGCUACAAAUGGCGGAUACUAAUUUUCCCCAAAGGAAAUAAUGUGGAUCAUCUGUCAAUGUAUCUGGAUGUUGCAGAUUCUGGAAAUUUGCCUUAUGGAUGGAGUAGAUAUGCUCAGUUUAGCUUGUCUAUUGUCAAUCAAGCUCAUAGUAAAUACUCUAUUAGAAAAGAAACACAGCACCAAUUUAAUGCUCGUGAGAGUGACUGGGGUUUCACUUCGUUCAUGCCUCUUGGUGAAUUAUAUGACCCUAGUAGAGGUUAUAUUGUGAAUGAUACAUGCAUAGUUGAAGCUGAUGUUGCAGUUCGAAAGGUUAUUGAUUACUGGUCACAUGACUCUAAAAAGGAAACUGGUUUUGUUGGACUGAAAAACCAAGGAGCUACUUGUUAUAUGAACUCUCUUCUUCAGACGCUGUACCAUAUUCCUUAUUUUAGAAAGGCUGUGUACCAUAUGCCAACAACGGAGAAUGAUAAUCCAUCUGGAAGCAUCCCACUUGCCUUGCAAAGCUUAUUUUACAAGCUUCAGUACAAUGAUACUAGUGUAGCGACCAAAGAGCUGACGAAGUCAUUUGGAUGGGAUGCAUAUGAUUCAUUCAUGCAGCAUGACGUCCAAGAACUCAAUAGGGUUCUUUCUGAAAAGCUUGAAGACAAGAUGAAAGGAACUGUUGUGGAGGGUACAAUACAGCAGUUAUUUGAAGGGCACCAGAUGAACUAUAUUGAAUGCAUCAAUGUGGACUAUAAAUCAACGAGGAAAGAAUCAUUUUAUGAUCUUCAAUUGGAUGUCAAAGGGUGUCGGGAUGUUUAUGCUUCAUUCGAUAAGUACGUGGAAGUGGAGCGCCUUGAGGGUGAUAAUAAAUAUCAUGCUGAACAGUAUGGUUUACAGGAUGCUAAGAAAGGUGUCCUGUUCAUUGAUUUUCCACCCGUCCUUCAACUUCAGCUAAAACGUUUCGAGUACGAUUUUAUGCGGGACACCAUGGUAAAGAUAAAUGAUCGCUUUGAGUUCCCCUUGCAACUUGAUCUUGAUAGGGAGAAUGGGAAAUAUCUGUCACCUGAUGCUGACAGGAGCGUCCGCAACCUCUACACUCUUCAUAGUGUUUUGGUGCACAGUGGCGGGGUGCAUGGUGGACACUACUAUGCUUAUAUCAGGCCAACCCUUUCUGAACAGUGGUUUAAAUUUGAAGAUGAACGAGUAACAAAAGAAGAUAUGAAGAGGGCUCUAGAGGAGCAGUAUGGUGGAGAAGAAGAGUUACCGCAGACAAAUCCUGGGUUCAACAAUGCUCCAUUUAAAUUUACUAAAUAUUCCAAUGCCUACAUGCUUGUUUAUAUACGUGAAGUUGACAAGGAGAAAAUAAUUUGUAAUGUGGAUGAGAAAGACAUUGCAGAACAUCUAAGGAUAAGACUGAAGAAAGAACAGGAAGAAAAGGAGCAAAAGAGAAAGGAGAAAGCUGAAGCGCACCUUUAUACUAUCAUAAAGGUUGCGCGGAACGAGGACCUGCUUGAACAGAUAGGAAAGAAUAUCUAUUUUGAUCUUGUGGAUCAUGAUAAAGUUCGUAGUUUUCGUGUUCAGAAGCAGAGGCCCUUCAACCUCUUUAAGGAAGAGGUUGCCAAAGAGUUUGGUAUACCAGUUCAAUGUCAACGUUUCUGGUUGUGGGCAAAGCGUCAAAACCAUACAUACCGGCCAAAUCGACCACUGACACCUCUUGAGGAAGCACAAACGGUUGGACAGUUGAGGGAAGUUUCCAAUAAGUCAAAUAAUGCAGAGCUAAAGCUGUUUCUUGAAGUAGAACUUGGGCCGGAUUUGUUGCCUCUUUCUCCUCCAGAGAAGACUAAAGAAGAGAUUCUUCUAUUUUUCAAACUUUAUGACCCUUUGAAAGAAGAGCUCCGGUACGUUGGGAGGUUGUUUGUGAAGGGAAGUGGUAAGCCCAUUGAAUUAUUGACAAAACUAAACCAAAUGGCUGGUUUCAGUCCUGAUGAAAAGAUAGAAUUUUUUGAGGAAAUAAAGUUUGAACCUAAUAUCAUGUGCGAACACAUUGAUGAGAAGGCAACUUUCCGUGUUAGUCAGCUUGAAGAUGGGGACAUCAUUUGCUUUCAAAAAUCCCCUCAGAGUGGAAGCAGCGAACAAUUUCGUUACCCAGAUGUUCCUUCAUUCCUGGAUUAUGUUCGUAACCGUCAGGUUGUUCGCUUUCGUUCUUUGGACAAGCCAAAGGAAGAUGAGUUCUGUCUUGAGUUGUCAAAGUUUCACACCUAUGAUGAUGUUGUGGAAAGGGUUGCUCUACAGCUUGGCUUGGAUGAUCCAUCUAAAGUUAGGCUCACAUCUCAUAAUUGUUACUCACAGCAACCUAAACCCCAACCAAUCAAGUAUCGAGGAGUAGAACAUUUGUCUGACAUGCUGGUGCACUACAAUCAGACUACAGACAUACUCUAUUAUGAAGUAUUAGAUAUCCCUCUCCCAGAGCUGCAAGGCCUCAAAACUUUGAAAGUUGCUUUUCAUCAUGCUACCAAGGAUGAAGUUGUGGUUCAUACUAUUAGAUUACCGAAGCAGAGCACUGUAGGGGAUGUGAUUGAUGACCUUAAGACAAAGGUGGAGUUGUCUCAUCCUAAUGCCGAACUCAGAUUGUUAGAAGUUUUCUAUCACAAAAUCUACAAGAUUUUCCCACCAAAUGAAAAGAUUGAGAAUAUAAAUGAUCAGUACUGGACAUUGCGUGCAGAAGAGAUCCCUGAAGAAGAGAAAAACUUUGGUCCUCGUGAUCGUCUGAUCCAUGUUUAUCAUUUUAUGAAGGACACAGCUCAAAACCAGGUUCAGAAUUUCGGAGAACCAUUUUUCUUGGUCAUUCGUGAGGAUGAGACAUUAGCAGAAGUUAAAGUGCGUGUACAGAAAAAGUUACUAGUCCCAGAUGAGGAGUAUUCAAAGUGGAAAUUUGCAUUUUUGUCCAUGGGUCGUCCUGAGUACCUGCAAGACAAUGAUAUUGUGGCCAGCCGAUUUCAGAGAAGGGAUGUGUAUGGAGCAUGGGAACAGUACCUUGGAUUGGAACACGCCGAUCAUGCUCCUAAAAGGUCACACACAACAAAUCAGAAUCGUCACACCUUUGAGAAGCCAGUGAAAAUCUACAACUAAAAAGAAUGGUGAUGACUUUGUCAGCUCCUUUCACAGAUUCAACGUUAUAUACAUAUGCCGAGUCUUGUGAAGAGUCCGAGAAGAACAAAGGAAGCUUUUCUUUCAUUUGGCAGUAGUUAUUGAUCUUACGGGGCAUAAAAUUCUUUAGCCUAAACGAUGUGUAUCCUUGAUGUUUCUGAAUUGUUGAAGGCAACUGUCUUUGAGGUGUGACGUAGGACGCGUCUCGUUUUAAUCCUUGUAAUUCCGUAUAUAAGAUUUUUGGGGCGGGCAAUGUAUAGAGGGUAUAGGUUUGCAUGUUUAAAAAUGCAGUUUGAUUGUCCAGUUCUAGUAUGUUGAUCUUUUUGCAUGCAUGCAUGAUGGAAGCUCUGUAUAAUAUUGGAUCUUCAGCUUCCUGUGGAUGUUCUCUAUUUAUUUUGUAAGUUGUUUUGGAGUGUGAAAUUAAUUAGCUGCAGGUACAUUUGCCCC